AUGAACAGACAGCCCACGAAGGAAGAAAUACAACGCUAUGUGCUGCGUUGGCACCAGCUAAAACAUCAAUACGGGGACCAGGCCCAGAAUAUACCCGAGUUUAAUCAAUUAUCAAAAGUGAUAAGAUACUUCCAGCUCCAGGCUGUUCAAAGGCACCAGCAACAACAGCAACAGCAGCAGCAACAACAACAGCAACAACAACAACCUCAACCACAGAAUGGUAUGAAGUCUAAUCAAGCGCUGUUGCAACAGGGCCAACUGCCGCAGCAGAACCAGCUCAACUUCAACAACAUGGGCAACGUGCAAGGCAACAUGGGUAACAACAACAACCCUGGGAACAUGAACCAGAUGAACAUGAACCAGAUGAGAGGCAUGACUAACGGUAACCCAAUGUCUCAAAAUAUGCAGAAUGUCAAUAACCAGCCAUACAUGCAAAUGCAAGGCAUGGCUCCAGGAUCUCGUGCUUCGAGUAGCAACAUGAAUACCCCCGCUGUGGGCCAUGCUAGUGUUCAUCCUGGUGCUCCGAUGUCGAUGAUGAGCGGUCCUAACUCGCAUUCGCCUGUUAACCAGUCGCCUCACACUGCGAUGGCUAACACACCUUCGAUGGGCCAGCCUUCUGGACAAGGAAUGGCAUCUGCCAUGCAAUCUGGCCUAGGUGGUGGUGGAGGUGCUGCUCCUGGAGUUUCUGGUGGACCCGGAGGCUCUGCUCCUGGCCAACUUCAGGGUGUUCCUGGUGCUGGUCUUCAACAGGGUCCCGGUGGCUCUAUGGGACCUCAAAUGAACAAUAAUGCUGGAUUUGGUGGGAACGGUGUAUCUUCUCCAUCAGAAGGACCCUUUACGCCUCAGCAAAUUCAAUUGCUCAAGCUGCAGCAUCAAAUGGUCAAAAUGUUGUUCCGUACUCCAAGCAAUGGCUUCCCUCCCAUUCCACAGAAUUUGGCCGAAAUGGCAAGUAAUGAGAGACUAGCAUUCAAUGGUGAUCCUAACCCUCAGCCACCGCAGCAGGUGCCCAACCAACAGCAACUUCAUAAUCAACUUCGUAACCAGCCUCCUAUGGGACACCCCAACCCAGCUCAAGCUAGACCUCAGCAAGCAUCAGCUCAGCAACUGCCUGCUGCUAUCGGUGGCGCCGUGCCAGGCCUGGCACCAUUCCAGAGUCCUCAAGCAGGUAUCCAACAGCCCCCAACUCCUUCAAGUCGAAGAGGCACCCAGAUUCCUGUGCAAACUCAGCAUCCUACUCAAGUCCCUCUGCUGGCUGGUACGCCAAAGCCAGGAAGUACACCUCAAGAGAAGCCAGAUUCAAAGAGAAAAGGUAAGAAGUCAGGCGGUAACACUCCUCAAGUUGCCCUGGCUGCUCACCCUUCUUCUGUCGUUCCCGUUCCACGCCCAGCAGAGCCUCCAGUUCCUUUCGAAGAGCUCAGUGAGAAGGAAGAUCUUUCAAACAAGCUCAUUGUGCCUAUGAGUAAGCCUAACCUCCAGGUCGACGCUUAUGAAGUCCCUCAUGUUGGUGCCCUUGCUAAGGAAAACGUUCCAUUCAGCUCGUUAUAUUCUUCACAGAACAAAGUCAAGUAUCCUUACUUAUUACCGAACGGUAUCAACAUGGACGAAGUGGCUUCUAACCGUGAAUCUUUCAUUUUGCUUCUGAUCGAUGCUCGCGUUACCUCGCUCCAGAAAGAGUUGGAAACAACUACUGAUGAAUUGAAGAAGCAAGAUAUUUUAGUUGAGUUAGGUGAACUUGAACUCAUACCAUACCAAAAGGAGGUGAGAGGGAAGAUGCUUUCUCAACUCUGGUUUAGCAAGUCACUUUUACCCAACUCUCAUCCCAACUUUCUUGCAAAGUUCGGUAGUUUGACACUCGAGAAUGUUGUUGCCACGGAAGAGUUGUACAAACAACAACUCAACUCCUUGGUUCAAGCCCAAAACAGAAAGCACCAAACCCAGGUCUCCAGAAUUCUCAAUUUCCACGCGAAGAAUACCGAAAGAAUCUCCAAUAGAAAGGAGAAACUUGAGCGUCUCAGUAUCAGAAUUAACAGUUUGCAUACCCAAACUGCUAAGGAAGAGCAAAAGAAGGUGGAGAGAAUGGCAAAACAACGUUUGCAGGCUUUGAAACUGAACGAUGAGGAGGCUUACUUGAAGUUGUUAGACCACACGAAGGACACAAGAAUUACCCAUUUGUUGAGUCAAACCAACCAGUUCUUGGACAGUUUGGCCCAAGCCGUGCAAACGCAGCAGAAGGCUACUCAAGAGCGUAUGAAUCCAAGGGUUGCAGAAGAGGACGAAAACGAAGGCACAGAGGAGAAACGAGAGAAAGUCGAUUAUUACCAUGUUGCUCAUCGUAUUAAGGAGGAUGUCACUGUUCAGCCUAGUAUCUUGAUUGGUGGUACCUUGAAAGAAUACCAGUUGAAGGGAUUGCAAUGGAUGGUUUCUUUAUACAAUAAUCAUUUGAAUGGUAUCUUGGCUGACGAGAUGGGAUUGGGAAAAACUAUUCAAACUAUUUCUUUGUUGACCUACUUGGUUGAAAUGAAGAACGUCCCUGGACCUUUUCUUGUUAUCGUCCCUCUCUCAACAUUGACCAACUGGAACUUGGAGUUUGAGAAGUGGGCACCAGCUUUGAGAAAGAUCACUUACAAAGGUACUCCAGUGCAAAGAAAGGUAUUGCAGCAUGACGUGAGACAAGGCAACUUCCAGGUUCUCUUGACUACUUUCGAAUAUAUCAUCAAGGAUAAGAGUCUUUUGUCAAAGACUAAAUGGGUGCACAUGAUCAUCGAUGAAGGUCACAGAAUGAAAAACACAAACUCGAAGUUGUCCGAAACGUUGACACAGAAUUAUCACAGUGAUUACCGGUUGAUUUUGACAGGAACACCUUUGCAGAACAACUUGCCUGAGCUUUGGGCUUUAUUGAACUUUGUCCUUCCAAAGAUUUUUAACUCUGUUAAGUCUUUCGAUGAUUGGUUUAACACUCCUUUCGCCAACACUGGUGGUCAAGAUAAGAUUGAAUUGAGCGAAGAAGAGACGUUGUUGGUGAUCAGAAGAUUGCACAAGGUUUUGAGACCAUUCUUGUUGAGACGUCUUAAGAAGGAUGUCGAGAAAGAUUUGCCAAAUAAGGUCGAGAAGGUGGUGAAAUGCAAGAUGUCUUCUUUACAAUCCAAGCUUUACAGAAUGAUGUUGAAGUACAAUGCUCUUUUCGCCGGUGAAUCAGUCACAGGUCAAAGACCCUCCACGAUCAAGAAUGCCAACAAUCAGCUCAUGCAAUUGAGAAAGAUUUGUAACCAUCCUUUCGUUUAUGAAGAAGUUGAGAAUAUCAUCAAUCCUAGAUCUGAAACCAAUGACAUUAUCUGGAGAGUGGCCGGAAAGUUCGAAUUGCUUGAUCGUAUUUUGCCUAAGUUCAAGCAGACUGGUCACAGAGUGUUGAUCUUCUUCCAGAUGACACAAAUCAUGGAUAUCAUGGAAGACUUUUUAAGAUUGAGAGACAUGAGGUAUAUGCGUUUGGAUGGUGCAACAAAGUCAGAUGACAGAACCGAAUUGUUGAAAUUGUUCAAUGCUCCAAACUCGGAAUACUUUUGCUUUUUGCUUUCUACUAGAGCUGGUGGUUUGGGUUUGAACUUGCAAAGUGCCGACACAGUCAUCAUUUUCGACUCUGAUUGGAAUCCUCACCAGGAUUUACAAGCUCAAGACAGAGCCCAUAGAAUUGGUCAAAAGAAUGAGGUCAGAAUUUUAAGAUUGGUGACAGAGGACUCCAUUGAAGAAAUGAUCUUAGAAAGAGCCGUUGCCAAGUUGGAGAUUGAUGGUAAGGUUAUUCAAGCUGGUAAGUUUGAUAACAAGUCGACUUCUGAGGAACAGGAGGCCUUGUUACGUGCUCUUAUGGAGAAGGAGGAAGAGAGAAGACAAAAGGGUGGCGAAGAAGAUGACGAAUUAGAUGAUGACGAGAUGAACCAAGUUAUUGCAAGAAAUGAAGAUGAGCUUGUUACUUUCCGUGAGAUUGAUGAACAAAGAGCGCUUGAAUUGAAGAACUCAGGCUACCCUAGUCGACUCUAUGCCGACCAAGAGCUUCCAGAAAUUUAUCAAAAGGACCCUGAGGUUUAUUAUAAGACGGACGAACAAUUGAUCGAAGAGUAUGGAAGAGGUAACAGAGAAAGAAAGUCGAUGAAGUAUGAUGACAAUAUGACCGAAGAGGAAUGGCUUAAAAGAUUGACGGAUACGUUUCAGAAGAACGAUCGGAAGAGGGUGAUGACUGAUGGAGAAUCAGCUGCCAAAAGACCUAGAUCAUCGACUCCUAGUGGCCGUUCUAAGAAGGGUAAGAUCGGACGUCCUCGGUUGAAGGGUGCCUCCAACAGGACGACGCCUUCUAUUGAUCCUUUGUCGCCAGAGGAAAGAGACAUCUUACAGGCACGCACCAGCGAGAUCUAUGCUGCUUUGAUUGACCUUAAGCUUGAUGACAGGAAAUUGAGUGACAUGUUUUUGGUCAAACCCUCAAAGAAACUCUAUCCUGAUUACUAUGUCUUGAUCAAGCAUCCACUCGCUCUCGAUGCUGUGAAGAAGCGCAUGGGAAAUAAGACUUACACAAAGGUGAGAGAGUUCUUGGAAGAUAUUCACUUGAUUUUCAGCAAUGCCCGUAUCUACAACGAAGAAGGAUCGAUUGUUUAUCAAGACUCUCUUGCUUUGGAGAACUUGGCUCUUGACAAAUUUAAGGAGCUAUACAUCGACUUGCCAUCCGAAGAAAAAGAUAAGACGCUUGACUUCAGUGAGUUUGAUGAGACCAACAAUCUCAAGCCUCUCGCCAUUAGCGGUUCUGCAGUGAAGCAACCUGUUAAUGUGAAGCCAAUUAAAGAUAUUGAGGAUGUUGAACUGAAGCCUGAAACGAAAGAGCCACUGAAGGUGGGGCUGCCAGCGAACGUUUUUGAAGACGCAUUAAAACCUGAUGACCUUAAUAUUGGUGAUAUUGGUGACCUUCUUCCCGGUGAAGAUAAUGCCGAUACCGACCAAUACUUUGAUAUUCCAACUGACAUGUAA